UUACUUUCGUUUUCUUGCAUUUUCAGUUUUCUUUCAAGAAAUGAGAAUCAUCAAUACUAAUUAUACUUGCUUGAUAUUAUGAAUACUCGAAAGAGCAGACAAUUAAUUAUAGCUUUAAUAGCUUACAGAGGUUUUGAAGACAAUGAGAUCAGGUGAGCAUUGUGCCCCUUGAGCCUCUUGUUAACAUAUUUUGGAAAAGUACAACCACUAGACCAUACUUGCAGGACUUGACAUGGCAAGCAAUCAGGGACUAAAUGUCAACAGAGAAAAUGCUGAAAGAACUGAAGUAGAGCUCAUGAAAUUUUUGGAAGACCACAUUCAUGCUGGGACAAAUAAUUUACAGAAAACAAAAUUAUACUUAAAACAACAUAUACCAUCCAAUGUGAGUUCAAUCACUGAGAUUUUUGAUAUUCUUAAGUCAAAAGGACUAAUAUCUCUUGGAAACUAUAAAUUUCUUAGUGAUGUAAUCCAGAAAAUUGAUGUAAGAGCUUCUCAGGAGAUUAAGAAUUUUGAGAGGAGGAUCCAAGCAGAGAUGGGAGGUGGAACUGCUGGACCUAGACAUAUAUCUGCAAAUAGUGCUGCUGCAAGAUGUACAACUGAUGAAUAUAAGCUGGAUAUGCUGUUUGACUUCCUUUCAAGAAAGCUUCCACCUAACGACAUGUUGAUUUUUUCUACUCAUCUGGAUGGAUCCCAAAUGGCACAAACAGCACAUUCCCUUAGAAAUCCUUCAGAUACAUACUUCAGGAUCCUUCACAACUGGAAAUGUAAAACACCCUCCACUGACCAUAGGUCCAAAUUAAGGGAGAUUUUUUCCUCAAUGGAGAGGCAAGACUUGGUGGAGGAGGUGGAUAAUUUUUCUCUAAACCACUAUCAAUACUCUGGACCAGUGGUUGAACCAAUGACUCGAUUAACUAUACUUGACCUGAGUGAAUUGGCCAAUAAUCUAGCUACCAGAUAUUACCAUGUUGUACGCUUUCUCGGUGCAAGGCAACGUAGUAUAGAUCAAAUCGAGGCAGAUCAUUCUAAUGCUAUCAGAGAACAGAUUUAUCAAGUAUUACUAGCAAUGAUUAGAGCUAGACCUGACCUGACCAGACAAGAUGUUUGUGAUGCUUUAUUUUAUGCUGAUCAUGUAGAUGUUAUUGAUAUUCUUAAUUCCAAAUGGAGACUUGGAAGUUGAAAAUUUUUGAUGUAAUAUUAAGUGUGAAAGAAGUAUUAUGGUAACCUCAUAUCUUCAUUUUUUUCUUCCCUUUUUAGCUCUACUGGUCAGAGACCAGAAUAGCUUAUGCCAUAGUAAGGUGAGUGUUGUCUAUCUUGCUCGGUUUAACAAGACUUUGUAUUCUCUACAUGUUCUGAACAGGUAAUUCCAUGGUAAUGAAGAUGGCAAUUUGAGAAGACUUUA